AUGGAUAAUCCAUUGUCUCCUCGUGCAAGUUCUUUUAGUAUCGCAUCAUUGAUUACGUCAGAUAGUUGUGAUGAAAAUACAAUUUAUGCUGCUACAUGCCAAGAUAAUGAUAAGACAUAUUUAAAUAAUACAAAUAUUUUAAAAUCUCUUACAACUUUAAACGAACACAAUGGAUUAACAGACUUAUCAUCUUGUAUUCCAACAACAUCAACAACACAAAAAUCAAAUAAUAAUAAUCACCAAAUAACAAAUUUACAAAAAAGUUUAACAACAAUUAGAAAUAUGGAAGAUUACAUUCAAAAUGCCACAGAAAAAAUAAAAUCAACUGCCUCAUCGGCGGACAAUUCAUCAUCGAAAUCAGACAAUAACAAUCAAUGUAGCGGUGGUUUAACCGAUAUUAAUAAUGAAAUAAAAAAACCAUUACAUCCAAAAUUAAGCAAUAUACGACUAAUAAUUGAAUCAAAACAGUUAUGGGAUGAAUUUGAUCAACUGGGAACAGAAAUGAUUGUUACGAAAGCAGGAAGAACAACUAAGUACGCGCAAAUACUUGCAACAUACAUGUUAAUGGUCGAUUUUGUUCCACUUGACGAUAAACGUUAUCGUUAUGCGUUUUACAGUUGGGUAGUUGCUGGUAAAGCUGAUCCUCAUUGUCCUGGUCGUGUUCAUGUACAUCCCGAUUCACCACAAUCUGGUGCAUCAUGGAUGAAAAAUGUUGUCUCUUUUGAUAAACUAAAAUUGACAAAUAAUUUACUCGAUGAAAAUGGCCAUAUAAUUUUGAAUUCAAUGCAUCGUUAUCAACCUCGUAUUCACUGCGUUUAUUUACCACCACCAAAAUGUGAAGAUUUUAUUAUUGGACAAACACAAAAUUUUCGUACAUUUAUAUUUCAAGAAACAAAAUUUAUUGCUGUUACUGCAUAUCAAAAUCAUCGUAUAACACAACUAAAAAUUGCUAGUAAUCCAUUUGCAAAAGGAUUUAGAGAUUGUGAUCCAGAAGACUGUGUUGCCGAAGUUUUAAGUCAUUUAAAUUCUAAUCAAAGACUUCUUCGUUCACAUCCAAGAAAUGGCACUUCCAAUACAAACAUUAACAAUACUAUCAAUAAUUCAAAUCAGAAUAAUACUGGAAAUACAGCACAAACAUCGAAUUCUUUACAAUUAUUCAAUGCUGUAAGAGCAAGAUCAGCACUAAAUUCAUUCAUGCAAGAUCCACGUGAUACUUUGACACCCACAACUUAUUCCGCUUUGGUUGGAAACGAUUUAGCUGAAGUUAGUUAUGCUAAUUCAGCUGCAGCAGCAUCAGCCUACGUUUAUUCACAAUUAUCUGAUUUGAACUAUCCAUCGUCCCGAACAUCAUCUUCAUCCUCAUCGUCAACAACAACACGUAUUAGUCCCUAUUCACGAAAUAGUGCGUAUCCAAUGUAUACUCACAAUAAUGUUCAUUCACCAUCAUCGGUAAAUGAAUUUUAUUCAAACAGUUAG